AUGGCGAUGCAAGAUCCCCAUGGUGUGCGCAUGCUCGUGCAGAGCUUGGAGGCUGCCAGCAAAAAACGCGGCAAACCGGAUGGAAAGAAGGCCUUCAGCUGCAGGAAGUCAACCUUUGUCGUGGCCGGAGCUGAUAACGUCUCCGUAGACUCGUGGCGAUUUAUGGACUGGGAUUACAAGAGGCCGGACUUGCCAACCUACGCUCGUGGGCUCAAACAUUCAACCGGCAGCCGAAGCGAUGUUCCACUGAGUCAUGCACAAGCAGGCGAGCAAUGGGUGGAGAGACAUCUCAGGAAAGUCGGAAAAUCAGUCAAAGAGCUUGCCCUCGAACUACGGAAAAUGAAUGCAACUGCUGUUGGCGAGCUCUGUGAUGACCGCUUCGAGGAACAUGUACUUGCCUACGAUGAAGCAGCUGCUGGGAUUUAUCUUCAUGGAAUUAAUUUCAACGUCCCAGAAUUUGCAACUCUCCCUAGCUCCGAGGUACAUAAAUUCGCCGACCAAUGGGGAUUCAAGAAGGCCGAGUUUGUGGUCAUGGAUGAUAUCCGGGCAGUCAAAGAAUUCUUGGACAAAUGCGCAGAAACCGGAUCAUGGAACAAUCGGGAUACCGAAGGCUUCGUCAUCCGGUGUCAGUUGGGCGAUGCUGCAUCUGGCAUCUACAGGGACUGGUUCUUCAAAUACAAGUUUGAGGAGCCAUAUUUGAUGUAUCGUCAAUGGCGUGAGGUAACAAAGGCGGUGAUUGCAGGGAAAUUACCCAAUAUCAGAAAGCAUAAGAAGAUUACCGAAGAAUAUCUGCUUUACGCUCGUCGGCAGUUGGCCAAGGACCCUAGUAUCGGUAAACUCUACAAUCAGAACCAUGGUAUCAUUUCUAUGAGAGAUGGAUUCUUAAAGGAGAGGGGACUGAAAGGUUCGGAAAUUAUUGCAUUGGAAAAUGAAGGCGAGCUAGAGUCUGAGGAGAAAACGGCUAAGAACUUUGUCCUUGUCCCUAUUGCAUCAAUCGGAUGCGGUAAGACAACUGUUGCUCUGGCGCUGGCAAGGCUUUUCGACUGGGGCCACGUUCAGAAUGAUAACCUGGGCCAGCAGAAGAACAAGCCGAAAAAGUUUGCCUUACAAGUAACGAACACGUUAGCUAGCAAACCUGCUGUCAUAGCAGAUCGCAAUAACCACCAGAAGCGUGAGAGAGCUCAGAUUAUGGAUGACGUGACAGCGGUUGUUCCAAACGCGAAAUUCAUUGCGCUUCAAUAUGUACACGAGCCGAAGGGACUGUUGUUAGAUCAUAUACGGAGUGUUACGAGAGACCGUGUGCUUUCACGUGGCGACAACCACCAAACUAUUCGAGCUGGAAGCAAGGACUCUGGCGAAGUGAUUAGGAUAAUGGAAGGAUUCUUGCAACGAUUCGAAGCAGUGGAUACAGAUCGGGAGCCUGACAUGUACUUCCAUGAAGUUAUCGACCUGGAUAUUGGAGAUUCUUCUCGUGUCAACCUGGAGAAGAUCGUUAAAAAAUUGCACUCUGCUUUCCCAAAUCUCGUUAAGCGGGUCCCAGACAGUGCUGAGCUGGAUACUGCGAUUGCUUCAGCACUAAAUGACUAUCAGGUCGACACAGAUCUGAGUUGGACCUACGAUAAAAAGAACCAGAAGAAGGAGAAGACUCCUAUGAAAGACAGCAACGACAACAACAAGAUCAAAUCACCAGACCCUACAGUUUUGGCGAAGAAAAUCGAAUACUUAGGAAUUGUGGUUUCGCCCCCCGAAAUCCAACAACUACUUGCAUCGAUUUUCGCUAGCAACACAGCCGGGUCCAGCGAACGAAACAAACUCUUUGAUCAUCUCACAAGAUCGCAACGCAUCCAACCUAGUUUCCACGUCACAUUAAUUCAUCGUGCACACAGCAAAGAGCAUCCUGGGAUCUGGAACCAAUACACGGACCUUUACAUAGAACGAAUGAAUGAGCGCUUAUCCGAUGGUUCUUCAACAACUACCACGCCACCAAAACUGGCCGAUGCCCGUGUACGUGUUGAACGACUGAUCUGGAAUGACGAUAUCAUGGCCUUUGUGGUGCGAAUAUUAUCAACUAAUACAACCAACCCGGCCGACGGUGGCGACAAUACUUCUUCCUCUUCUACAUGGGCAUGCGUCAACCAUAUCCCACACAUCACAGUUGGCACGGCGAGUCCCGAGGUUAAACCCAAGCAGAGUAAUGAUUUGUUGCAAAAGUGGCUCGAGGUUGGGUCGGGAGGUGACACGGGGAUCUGGGAAGCUGAAGUAUCCGGCGUGAAAGUGCUUGAUGGUGCAAUCUUACCGGUUAUGAUGAGAGGAAAGUAG